AUAGCUGGGAUGAUUCAUCUGGGACUUCACUUUAAAUGCAUAAUAGACAGAAGGAAGGUUCACAAACUCAUUGCAGACCAAAGUACAAAACCAACUGCACUAUUUUUCCCUUAGUAGAUCUGAGUUUAACUCAUUAAAGAUGGCAUGGAAGAGCAGUGUCAUAAUGCAAAUGGGAAGAUUUCUUCUCUUAGUAAUUUUAUUUCUGCCACGUGAGAUGACAAGUUCUGUUUUAACUGUGAAUGGUAAAACUGAGAACUAUAUCCUGGAUACUACACCUGGCUCCCAAGCAUCUCUGAUAUGUGCUGUUCAAAACCACACCAGAGAGGAAGAACUGCUCUGGUACCGAGAGGAGGGGAGAGUGGAUUUGAAAUCUGGAAACAAAAUCAAUUCCAGCUCUGUCUGUGUCUCUUCCAUCAGUGAAAAUGACAACGGAAUCAGCUUUACCUGCAGGCUGGGGAGGGAUCAGUCCGUGUCCAUUUCGGUGGUGCUGAAUGUUACUUUUCCUCCUCUCCUAAGUGGAAACGACUUCCAAACAGUUGAGGAAGGCAGUAAUGUGAAGCUGGUUUGCAAUGUGAAAGCCAACCCCCAGGCUCAAAUGAUGUGGUACAAAAACAGUAGUCUCCUCGAUUUAGAGAAAAGCCGUCACCAAAUCCAACAGACAAGUGAGUCUUUUCAGCUGUCAAUCACCAAAGUCGAGAAGUCUGACAACGGAACCUACAGUUGUAUUGCAAAGUCAUCUCUGAAAAUGGAGAGCUUGGACUUUCACCUGAUUGUUAAAGAUAAAACUGUGGGUGUACCAAUAGAGCCCAUUAUUGCUGCAUGUGUUGUGAUCUUUCUGACAUUGUGCUUUGGACUGAUUGCUAGAAGAAAGAAAAUAAUGAAGCUCUGCAUGAAGGAUAAAGACCCUCACAGUGAAACAGCUCUAUGAGAAAGCUGAGAUGCCAUCGAAUACAGAGAGAGUUUUGCAUCAGGACCUCCACAAUUUAUGUAGUCCCAUCUGUAUUUAUUGCUAUUAUUAAAUUCACUCCUGUCACUCCUGUUUCAUUAAUCACUUAACAGUAGUUGUUAGGACUAAUUUGAUACACUUGUGGAACAUUUUUAUGGAAAGCGCUAUUAAGAAUGAAAAGUAAGAUUUCGUUAAGUCUUCUCCUUGAAGUAUAUGUUAAUUAAUUGAGAUUUGUUCCAAAUAGGUUGGUAAUCAUUUACUGUUUAGUGUGUUUUUUUUCUAGGUAGGAGAUACUUGGGUCUCACAAAUUGGUGCAAAGCCAAAAAAAAAAAAAAAAAAAAAAGGAGGAAACAACAGAGUAAUCGAUUUUUUAAGUUGCCCAGGAAGCAUAUAAAAAAUACCAGUUAUGCCAGGUGUGGUGGCUCCUAUAAUCCCAGCACUUUGGGAGGCUGAGGCAGGCAGAUUACUUCAGGCCAGGAAUUCAAGAUCAGCCUGGCCAACAUAAUGAAAACCAUCUCUACUAAAAAUACAAAAAGCCAGGUGUAGUGGCAUGCACCUGUAAUCCCAGCUACUUGGGAGGCUGAGGCAGCAGAAUUGCUUGAACCUGGUAGGCAGAGGUUGCAGUGAGCUGAGAUGGCACCACUGCACUCCAGCCUGGGCGCCAGAGCAAGACUCUGUCUCAAAAACAAACAAACAAAAAAUCAAUUAUUAUCUACCUUCACUGUCGUUUCAUAAAAGAAAUGUUUUAGGACUAAAGAAAGAAAGAAGACUAUAAUCUUGAAAUAUAAGA